GGUAAAGUGGAAGGCGGUUCUUGGCAUUCUUCCUGGGAGCACAAACACAGCUAUUUCACCAACAAAUUUCUCUCAGUUUCCUUCUUUAGAUACACCACAGUUACGCCAAUCUGUAUUUAGUGCUGCCCCUAAAAAUUAGGGUUCUCUGUGAUUUCGAUAGGAUAUAUUUGGAUUCUCUGCGAUUUUCAAUUUGGGCAUCCAUCAGAUUCGGCUCUGUUGGCUGUUGGGAGUACAAGAAUAUAUAAAAAAAUCAAAUCUUGCGCUCGUUUCUUGCUGAAAGAUAGGGGCAAAAAUGGCUCCUUGGAACAGGCGUGGAGGCUUGGUGUCUGGGUUGGUGAGGAGCCACUCGUUUGGCCGGAAAAGGGUCGCCUUGCCGGUUUCUCUCAUGGAGGAGGAGGUGGAGGAGCCGGCGAAGAGACACUGCUGCUCGGAGGCUUCUCCUCCGGCUUGUGGGAACUCGGUUCUUGAAUCUUUGCCUCUUGAUGUUUUGAUUAGGAUUGUUUGUAGGGCGGAUCACGAUGAUUUGAAGAGCUUGUUUCAUGUUUCUAAGGCCAUUAGAGAAGCGACGGUAAUUGCAAAGAAAUGGCAUUUCGAGUAUAGCACGCCGAGGAAAACCAUUGGUUUCAAGGACACGAAUGGUUCGAAGCAUUUGAGCGAUUCGGAUGCGGUUGAGGCCCCGAAUGCUCCGAAGCAUUCGAAGAUCCCUAAAUCUCGGCUGAGCAGCAAAAAACUAACCGAUAUAUCAGUUGUGCUCUUCACAUCGGACGGUGUCGAGAACUGGCCGCGAAGGGGUGAGUUGUUCGUGUGAACGGAAAGAGAGAUAUAGUUAGGGAAGAAAGAUGGCCAUAUUUAUAGGUAGGAAGCAGGCGGUUUUGGUUUUUGUACAUGCAUUGUUGUACAAAUGGUAGCUGUUGUACAUUAAAUUAUGGUGAUCUUCGUGAGCCGGUUCGCUUUUAUUCUUCAAUCGAUUCAUUGAAGAACGACCGGGCUGGAUCGGUAGAUUGUAUCUUUGUACAAGUAGCUAUUGGAGACAUAGAAUGAAUGAAUGAUGUGUUGAAUGAGAUUUGCAUAUAAGUCUCAGCUCUUGUAGUAACAGUGGAGUGUGAUCUAUCUUGGUAGAUGUGAAGUACUAAUAAAAUAGUAAGAAAGUUUCUUUCUUGGU